AUGGAACAAUCUCUCAGCUUCAAAGUCUCCCACUAUGUCGAAAAAAUCCAUGGCUUGGUUUACUAUAGUCUCCCUUUUUAUGUCAUGACCUCAACUGAGGCUGCAUUCACCUUUGUCACCAUCUUGUUCCUAUCGUUCAUCUUUACUUACGGGCUCGGUGCGCUGUUUUACAGCUGUGCCGCGCUAGCCCAGAAAUUAAUUAACCUCGAGGGCCUGGAGCAGGCCUUGCAAGUCGCCUCCAUCAAGAACUGA